UACGUGUAGUAAAAGAAUAAGCACGAAAAACAGCAAACAAAGCUACCCAGUUUAUCUCUCUUCGUGGGUCUUCGAUCUUCCAAGGGAGACAGAUUACGUGCUCGUGCAAGUAUUAUUUUACUGGUGUACGUCGCGCAUUCCCACACAAAACUCGAUUAUGUCCCUCCUGCUCGUCCUAUUUCUUACCCUGCAUUCCACCAUUUUGUCCUCUUAUACCCAAACUAUCGACUGCCGUGUUAACAAUAGUCUUUAUCUGUGUCUGUUCGGUGGUCAGCUGAAAAAUGUCGCUUUCGACGAUGCGAAGGCAGUGCAGACUAUCGACGACAUAGAGCUUCACCUGGAGAAUCUGAGCAUCGAAUGGAUCUCCGAAGUCGCCUUCGCGGAUGUCUCCAAUUCCUCGGCUCUAUACUUGCGCGACAAUCAACUGCCCAGUUUGGCCAAACACUUUUUCCAUCCAUUGGAUCAACUCACUUACUUGGACCUGAAGGAUAACCGGAUUUCGCGGAUCGAGGAUGGCGCUUUCGCUAGAUUAAUGAAUUUAGAAACGCUUUUAUUGGAUGGAAAUAGAUUGAUAACUUUUAAUUCCGGCACUUGGAGAGGAUUAAGCGGCCUUCGUGAAAUUUAUGCGACAAAUAACCGUAUUAGUUUGAGGAAAGGCAUGUUUCGUGAGCUGAGGCUGUUAGAGACAUUAGCGCUGGAUACUAAUAAUAUUACGGAAAUUCCUGUGGGUACCUUCGACGGUUUAAGGCAUUUGGAUCUUUUGUAUCUGUCUAGGAAUCGCAUAUACAAUCUCAUUCCGGAGAUAUUCCAAGGACUCGGUGAAUUAAGCGAACUUGAUUUGGCCGAAAAUAAAAUAGCUUAUUUGCCAGAGGAGACAUUUAGAUUUCUGAAUAAUUUAGAGAAGCUCUGGUUAAGCGGUAAUCGUUUAAUAGCCAUAAGGGCCACAGAUUUCAAGGGAUUGGACGGACUGAGAAAACUGUACUUGAAUAGUAACGAACUGGAGUCAGUUGACAUGGUAGCCUUUCAUAUUUUCAAGAAUGCUACAAUCGAGCCAGGUUUUAAAGUCAAUGGCGUGCGGUUGAAAAAUUUGAAAAGUUUCGUUGGAAAAUUCCGAUGUGUCGAUCGCGAAGAGUGGGACACGCCGUACGAUUGUCGGAGCAUCUUGGAAAUCUAAUAAUAAUAUUUCGCUUGUUUUGCUGUUGUGAAUGAGAGGUUCGUUAUAUGCGGCAUAUUGCGAAACACAUUGUCUUCCACUCAAGUUGUUUUCAUUUUGUUACAUUUUAUAUGCUUAAUGAAUAAAUUAUGAGCAAUUUGCAAAACAGGAAAUAUUAAGCAUUAAUG